AAACUGUGCGAGAAACAGCCUGUGCCACCUGUUGCAGUUUGGUCAUGAACCAGAUUGAACUCACAGCGGUCGGAUUCUGCCGCGUCAUGAGUUGCAAAUGAGAUAUGCCACCACUCGGUUCCCACUUUUUUGUCAUCGCACAUCCGAUACGUUCGAACGACACGUAGCGAACAGGCUUCGAGCAUCUAGGGAAAUGAGUGAUACUUCCGCCCCCAAUGCAAAACUCGUCGUCACUACCCAUAAUCAAUACCAAUCAGAAGUGACUUUGAGGCCUGGGGAUGUGAAGUCUUCCCCGCUCGACCAGUUUCGUGAUUGGUUCCUAGAAGCGCAGAACAAUCCAAGCGUUGCUGAACCCGAGGCUGUUUCGCUAUCCACGGCAACACCGUCAGGGGUGCCUUCAUCCCGCAUGGUCCUCCUCAAACAAGUUGAUGAUAGAGGGUUCAAGAUCUACACGAAUUAUACAUCCAGGAAAUCUCAAGAGCUAAAGGCUAAUCCUCACGCUUCCCUUAACUUUUAUUGGAGGGAACUACAUAGACAAGUCCGUGUGGCGGGGCUUGCGGAAAUGGUAGAUCGGGAAGACAGUGAAGACUAUUUCCGAUCACGCCCGAUAGGCAGUCAGAUUGGUGCAUGGGCCAGUAGGCAAAGCUCUGUCGUCGGCGAGAAUGAGGUGUUGGCACGGUUUUCUCAAUUAGUGAAAAGGUUUGACGUGGAGGAAGGACGGGGAACUGUGCCAAUGCCGGAAUUCUGGGGAGGUUGGAGGAUAGUGCCCGAGGAGGUUGAGUUCUGGGCUGGUAAACCUAGCCGGCUCCAUGAUCGCAUUCGUUACCGUCGAGACCAAGGGGACACUUCUCAUUGGAUUAUCGAGAGACUCGCUCCGUAACUUGUACUCGCACCGUCAGGAUAACACGUUUGUUGUUGGUGUUGGGCCCAAUCAUCUUCCAGACACCAUCGUCUGGUGAUCGGGCGAAAUGCCGUGUCGAUGUAUCGCAACUUGCUGCCUUUGGUAACUCGAAUUAGAAUACUCUUUGGUCUAACAGGGCAAACCGACCCUGUUUUCCGAAAAGAUCGUGGGAUUCUGGCAAUGUUCUUCACGUUCCUUUUCUCGCUAUCUCCGUGCUCUGGCCGAAGGGUACGUUCUGUCGACAGC